AUGGGGGAAUACAAGACUCACCAAGUCUACUUCAUCGACUUCUUCGGACAAAACCUUGACGUCACUCAAACCGACACUCCCUCCAUCAUCAGACGAUGGAUCCACAACGAAGUCUACCUUCACCGUCGUUCACGCGCUUCUCACCCUGUCGUCGUUGGAGUCGGCGUGCAGUGGACACCGUCAUGGUACUUCUCACCACCUGCGCACGACCGUGCAGCGGACACUCUCCAGCUAUGCGUGGGAACAUCAAUUCUCAUCGUCCAGCUCUCGUACUGUAACCGUCUUCCCCUUGUCCUUCGACGUUUCCUCACGAAUCCCGACACGACUUUUGUCGGGUUUUGGAACAGUCAAGACGCGAGAAAGCUUGAGAUGAGUAGACAUCAGUUGGAGAUUGGAGAGCUUCUUGAUGUGAGGAAGUACGUGGCGGAUUCGGAAGGUAGGAGUAUGAGAGGUCGUUCGUUUGAGAAGAUUGUUGAGGAAUGUAUGGGGCUUGAAGGAGUGAAGCUUGAGCGGAAGAUAAGUAAGAGUGAUUGGAGUGUUGACUACCUUAGUAAAGAACAGAUUAUUCAGGUGUCGGUGGAUGCUUAUGUUUCUUGUAAGCUCGGUGUUGAUUCUCGUCUAUGGCAAGUUUAA